AAAACAAAAAAGCAUUGUAUUUGAAUUGCUGUUAUGAUGAGUUUUCAAUUUUGAUUUUCCUUGGGAAGCCAGCAGUCGCCAUUAUUGGUGACAGUGAAGCAUUCAUCUUCUUCUCUUCUUCUCCAAUUAUUCGCUUCAAACUCAGCGGAUCCUCCCUCGUUGCCUUUUCUCCCAUUCCAUCAAUCUUUGAUUCUCGUUAGGGUUUUCGCUUGAAGGGAACCCGGAAUGGGGGUUCUGGUGCCUUUGUUCCUCUACGUCGUCGCUUUCUUUUGCACCGUUGCAGCUAUCGCUUUGGCCGUUCUUCACAUUUACCGACACCUUCUCAAUUACACUGAGCCCACUUAUCAGCGCUUCAUCGUUCGGAUUGUUUUCAUGGUCCCGGUUUAUGCACUAAUGUCAUUCUUGUCCCUUGUAUUACCUGAGAGUUCAAUUUAUUUUAAUUCUAUCCGGGAAGUCUAUGAAGCUUGGGUCAUUUAUAAUUUUCUGUCAUUGUGCCUGGCAUGGGUUGGUGGUCCUGGAGCUGUUGUAAUAAGUUUGAGUGGUCGAGUUCUGAAGCCAUCAUUCUGUUUGAUGACUUGUUGCUUUCCUCCUGUACCACUGGAUGGGCGUUUCAUUCGAAAAUGCAAGCAAGGAUGUCUGCAGUUUGUGAUAUUGAAGCCCAUUUUAGUUGUUGUUACACUAGUACUUUAUGCAAAUGGGAAGUAUAAAGAUGGAAAUUUCAGCCCAAAGCAGUCAUACUUGUAUCUUACGAUCAUUUAUAUGAUCUCAUAUACAAUGGCUCUCUAUGUGCUUGCUUUGUUUUAUGUGGCAUGCAAGGAUCUGCUUCAGCCAUUUAAUCCAGUUCCAAAGUUUAUUAUAAUAAAAUCUGUUGUAUUCCUGACUUACUGGCAGGGUGUGUUAUUCUUCCUUGCUGCAAAGUCCGGAUUCAUUGAGGAUGCUGAUGAAGCUGCCCUGCUCCAAAAUUUUAUCAUUUGUGUUGAGAUGCUUGUUGCUGCUGUAGGCCACUUUUAUGCAUUUCCAUACAAAGAAUAUGCCGGUGCUAAUAUAGGUAGAUCCCAUGGUUUGACUGCUAGCCUUGGGCACGCUUUGAAGUUAAAUGAUUUUUACCAUGAUACAGUGCACCAGUUUGCACCAACGUAUCACGAAUAUGUUCUCUAUAAUCACAGCGAAGGUGAGGAGGGAACUAAGAAGUACAGGUCACGAACUUUUGUUCCAAUUGGCCCUGAGAUGGAUUCAGCGAGAAGAAAUAGGAAUAUGUAUGGGAACAAGUUGGAUGACAUACAACUCUCAAGUUUGUCUUCUUCUACCAGUAGCAGUUCAACAAAUUCUGCGCCCGAUGAUUCAAAUUCUGUUGCAACGAAAUCUUCCUUGCUUGUGGAUUUGUCCAAUUCUACUCCGGAACCAUAUGACUUGACCGUUAUUGACUUGGAUGUAUCCAGUUACCCUGAAAAAGUUCCUGCUGUUGAUCAAUCUGGUGGUAGGUGAUCAUGGGGAAUAAUCAGAUGUAGGUUUGAUGGGGGACAUGUUAUGGCUGGAGGAGAUUAGAGGCAUCCGGCAUAUUUUCCGUGCUUGGAAAGAACUAUGAUUUUGAUUUCUUAAAUUCUGGGAAAGGAAUUAAGCAGAUCAUGUGCGAACAUACAUUUGUGUAAACUAGUCGGCCUCACUCUUAAGCAAAGCAGUCCUUGAUGUUGGUAUCGGUCUUAAUACUGUAAUUGUCUCCAAUGGUUGUGUCCUGUGUGUAAAUUGUAGAUACGGAACUUCUUGACGUGCCUCAGAGUUUAAACAUGAAAAAUACUAAAAUAUUGGUUUAGAAUUAAUUGAUUCUUUUCUCCCAUACACCAUAA